AUGCCGAAACAGCUGCCGCCGUCUAGCACGUCUGCCAAAGAAGACGCACCUGCAACGGGCCUCGAGUCAGCACUAAAUUCUGACACUUUUGAGGUCUCGACUCGCUUAACCUUGAGUCUACUCAUGUCUGCUAUUCAAGAGCUGAAAGACAAACUGCUUUCACUAGAGAGCAAGAUCGACACCCUUCUCGCCCAAUUACCACCCCGCCUCUUCUGUAUUUUCUGUGAAAACAACAAUGAAGACGGUCAUCGAUCCUCCAGUUGCACUGUAUUCAGUGAUGCUAUUGCUAGAUCACUGCGACUAAGAGACCUGAAUAAGUGCAUCAACUGCCUCGCUCCUGCCCACGGCCAAUGUCAGCAUAAAUGUCGCACCUGUGGCGGCCCACAUCAUGCGAUUCUUUGUUUCGUCAGAGCGAGACCAGAGCGUCCUCCACAGAAGCGUUCGAGGCGUGAAUAG